GGAAGUGUCAGAGCAGGCGGAAGUGGUACUGCCCUGAAUACCCUGAGCAGCGAGCGGAGGACGGCUUGAUAAACUCCCAUCGUUCAGAGAAUAAAAUCGGGAUUCCAAGUACGCUCUAAAUCCUAAAAGAUGGAUAAGAACGACCUGGUGCAGAAAGCCAAGCUGGCAGAGCAGGCCGAGCGCUACGACGACAUGGCGGCUGCCAUGAAGGCCGUGACGGAGCAGGGCCUGGAGCUCAGCAACGAGGAGCGCAACUUGCUCUCUGUCGCCUACAAGAACGUGGUGGGAGCCCGUCGUUCGUCCUGGCGCGUCAUCUCCAGCAUUGAGCAGAAGACGGAGGGGAACGAGAAGAAACAGCAGAUGGCCCGCGAUUACCGCGUGAAGAUCGAGUCUGAACUCCAAGAAAUCUGCCACGACGUGCUGAAUCUGCUCGACAAAUUCCUCAUUCCCAACGCAUCUCAGGCGGAGAGCAAGGUGUUCUACCUCAAAAUGAAAGGAGACUACUUCAGAUACCUGUCAGAGGUGGCCUCUGGGGACUCGAAGAAGGAUACGGUGGAGAACUCUCAGCAGGCCUACCAGAACGCCUUCGACAUCAGCAAGAAGGACAUGCAGCCAACACACCCCAUCCGGCUGGGCCUGGCCCUCAACUUCUCCGUCUUCUACUACGAAAUCCUCAACUCCCCCGAGCAGGCCUGCUCCCUGGCCAAGCAGGCUUUCGACGAGGCGAUCGCCGAGCUCGACACCUUGAACGAGGACUCUUACAAAGACAGCACGCUGAUCAUGCAGCUACUAAGGGACAACCUCACUCUGUGGACAUCAGAAAACCAGGGAGACGAGGGCGAGACCGGCGAUGGAGAGAACUAGAGCGCACUUCACUGUUAACCCAUCCCCACUCUUCUUCCUCUUCCUUUUAUCUCUCUUCCUCUUUCUUCUCUUCUUCCUCUCUUCGUACAUAAACAGCCCAUUCAUUCCCUCGUCCCACUCGCUCCAGCCUCCCGACUUCCUUCUGUAUAACCAACAGCAUGAAUAGCACCUGACCUUCACAAUCAAUUUUAAAACAGGAGGGGGGGGGCGACAGAAACUACUCCAUCACCCAACAUCCCUCCCUCCUCCUCCCUCCCCCCUCCCUCGAUCAUGGCACUCCACGGCUGAGACCCCCGGUCCGGAGGAUUUUAUCCAGACCACAAAGAUGAAUUCAUGUUUUUAGAUCCACAUCCCUCUGUUUUUAUCUCUCUCCUCCUCUUCCCUCUUUCCUAACAUCUCAGUGCAUCCUCUCCUCCUCCACCCUCCCCCCCUCCCUCCCUCCUCUCUAGCGAGUUAAUGCAUUUAUAUAGUUGUCCAUCCAUCCCCUUCUCUUUUGGCUUUUCUUAGUGUGACCGGCUUCUCCGCUGGUUUUUAUUCCACUUUAAACGAAACAAGAAAAGGUGAUUAAACUGUCCGUUUAUUUUCAACAAACACUGUGACGCUCAGUUUUUCCUCCAUCAGCUGGGAGAGGGUGUGUGUGAGCAGCAGUGCCAUUCUGCUGAGGUUUAUACAGAAGGGUCCAAGAGGCUGAAUAUUAAUUAAUUAUUGUGACACUGACGAACCUAAAAAAACAAAGUGUUUCACCUGCUGCUCUUCAAAAACAAACCGACGACAUACAUUCCAUCUUCAUGUUUGAGAGCUGAGACACAGACGAGACCUGGAUCCACCUCAGAGCAUCAGAGCUGAAGUUCACCCCUCCACCUUCAUGUGUUCACUCAUCCGCCGUUUGCUUUUCUUUUUUUUUUAAUGUGUGUGAACGAAUCAAACUCCUCCUUUCCAUUUUUUGAAAACUGUAAAAUUGUAAAACAUUUUUAGAGCUUAACUGUAAAUCUGUCUUUUGAAAAAACGGUUUGUCUGUCGUCCGUCACAGUCGCUCCUGUCGUUCGCUUCAGCUUCUUUUUAACCACAUCCUCCUCUUCCUCCCCCCUCCCCCCUCUGCCCGUUCACUGCUCGUACCGACACGUCGAGAGAAGUCCUGAGUUUCCGCUCGCUGCUGAACGCUUCACCAUGUAAAUCUGCCGCAGGCGACGACGAAACUCGCUGCUUCCUCGUUUCCAAAACAAACUGGAUCUGAGGCGAUCGGUAUCAGACUCUCAGAUCACUGUGGAAACGGGCUCAAACAUCUGGAGCUCGAGUUAAAGAAAAGAAUUCGAUUUUCUUUAUUUUUUUUUUAAACGGAAGCAGUGAUUUUCAGCGCGUUGAAGGAGCCAAAAUCUCCCAGCAGCCGAUCAGCCAAUCAUCUGUUUGUGGAAGUGAGAUCGCGGUUUCUGUUUCCAGCAGCUCACGGUACAUCGAUCGGAUCUGACCCGACAAAAUCCUGAACCCGAACCCAGACCGGACUCCAGUCCUGAACGCGGUCAGGAGUCAGCUGACGGUCGUCGCUCCUCUCAGUGUCACAAUAACUUUGUCAUGAACCAUCUCGACAUUCCACUCUGUAGGUGUAGAAGAAGUCAUGUGUCUCAAUGUUUUUUCUUUUGCUGGGGACAAAAUGUUUUCAUGCACUGACGUUUAAAAGGUUAAAAAAAAAAAAGAUUCCUCCUCCCUGCCGCUCUUUUUCUCGUUAGCUGAACAAAAGGCAGUUUAUCAGUUAAUCUCCGCUUUCUAAGGAAAAAAUGAUCCCAUGCAGUAGUGAAUGUGGCACCGAGCCUGUCUGUAUAUCUGGUAUCUCAAAUCAUUUUGUUUUUACUGACCAGUAUUCUGCUUAAAAUAAAAAGAAAAAAAAAAUAACCCAAAAAAACAACAAAAAAAAAACAAAAAGUUUGCUUCUGUGACGGUUUUAUUGCUUAGCGCACGUGGUUGUGAAACUUUAGACUUUAGCUUCAGGACACCGAUGAUAAAAAGAGAAAAUGACAAAAAAAAGAAAAACCCCCCUCAACACCUGCCCCCACCCCCCACCACCACCACCACCACCCUGGUUAUUGACGUAAUACUAGAUUUGUGUAUGUCUUUAAAAAAAAUUCCAACUCUAGUUUCACCUUACAUGUUAUAAACAGGACAAAAUGUAAAAGACAAUUUAAAGUGAAAUAAAGGUUUUAUCAGUUCUGAA